AUGCCUCCCUUCCCUGAACGCGACUCCAGCAUCCUUGCGAAGUUGAAGGCCAAGAAGCCUGCAACGGAAUCAAUAUCGGGACCUAAGACGGAACGAAGUGCCCAAAAGUCGCCUAACACAACAGCUGACGCGAAAGCCGGUGCCAGUGCUGUACGUUGCCACCCCCUUUGUUCUCCAUUAAUCGCUGAUAAAGUAUGCCUUCCCCAAAGGUAUCCUCUUGACAAACAAAAUGAAAGGCGAAGGCGACAAAGCAUGCAGAAUUUAAUGACGUUCAUAAGCAUCACAACCGCCAUCCCAGUUAGACCAGCUAAAGACAUUUUGCCUAUGCACGCCACAUCAAACUGUAUUUAUGAGUUUACAUGUAGUUGCGGAUGCAAGUACAUCGGGCGCACGCAAAGGCAAUUGGCAGCUCGGUCAGCUGAACACAUGCCGAAGUGGCUGCUUAAGGCGGAAAAUAAGGUACCCAGAAGCUCAAUCACAAAGCACCUAUUGGACACGGGCCAUACGGUGGACCAAAUGGUUGCAUUUAAGGUCCUGUUUCGGGCGACGACCGGGCGUAUCUUGCGCUUUGCAGAGGCCGCUGCAAUACGGAGGAGGAAACCCGAACUCUGUAAGCAGCUGGACCAUGUGAUAAACCUGGCACGCCAUGGUAAUUAUCGAUUAUGGACGAAACCCUGUUCCCAUGUAUGCCCUAUCAUUUCGCCCCCACCCGCGCCCCCCCCCCCUCUCCCCGGCAUGACUGAAUGCUCCCCGCACGUUGCACUCCAAAUCACGCCGCACCAGUUCUCUCAUACUUGGAUGACUUCUCUCCCCCUCCCCCUUCACUAUAUGCACCCGCAUACUAGACCCACUUUUCAGUUUACCUAUCACGUUUAAGCUCUCUAGGUCGAUCGUUGAUUGAACAGUUUUGCCUUGUAAUAUAACUAUGCAAUGACCGUGUGCAGCUGAAUGAGAGGUCUCGAAAUUUAUGACGUCAUUAAAUUCUGCAUGCUUUGUCGCCUUCGCCUUGUUCAAAUUUAUCCCGGGAAAACACUGCUUCAAAAUGAAAGGCCUUGCAUUACAACUGUUCAUCAUGUUGCUUUGGAUUUGUUGGAUUUGUUUUCCCACCGAUGGGGUUUCCUUUUAUACCAUUUUGAUUUUAACGAAAGGAAAGAGGAAAUCAAAUCGCAGCCAGGUUGGUUUAGUUUGCAAACCUUCCCUAAGUACGCCGGACGGUUUUCUCCUGAGAUCUCAUUUUUCCACUCACUUUGUUCCACGAGACUCAUCGGCAGUCUUGCACAGCCCUCCUUUUUGUUCGUUCAAUUUAUCCUGUGAACUCAUUUGUUUUCCCGAUAGUCUGUCUCGAUUGUGGGUGUUAUAUCCCCAUGUCAGGCUUUUGUUUGCCGACGUUGACUGUUUUUUUUUCAAAAUUCGGUACUAGCUCAUGACAGUGGCACCAACUUUGAGUUUUAAUUCAAUUAUUAAUAGCUUGCUGCUGCAUACCGGCGCGAACUACUGUCUGAGAACUCAUCAGUUAUUUGGGAGCCCUUAUGUUUGCACAAAGUAAAGCUUUUUCGCUGUGCUUCUACAAAGCCUUUGCGUCAGUUCCCCUUUUGUGAGCCCCGAGGGACAGCUGAAAGUGCAGUUUUAUUUAGCCAGUCGACAUCUUCGAUCGUCAGGGGGUAAAAACCGACUAACGUCCGCUUCCUGUCGUUUAUUUCACCUAGUCCUCCCCCAGUCUUAAAUCAACCGAUGGGUGGAGAGGAGGAAGGGGGUGGGGAGCGAGCAGUUAGUUCACCUUUACUUCUCUACCACUCCCGUCCUCAAUCUCCCUCCAUGUCCUCAUCAUGAGCUCGCGCGACCUCGAGUAUCGUGUUCUAGUCAUCCUCGCAUUCCUCGCCUUUAAGACAGACAGGGGUGACCGUCUUUUAAAGUCCUUUUAUUGGGUAGGCUACAGUAAGUGUGCUAACUCAUGAAAUGUUAACCGAAAUUCUUAAAUGCGUUUUCGUUGCGAAAAGAUUACUUAAGUAGGGUUGUAAAAUUAAUCAUCAUGCAGCGCGAUUCAAUAAUAAUUCAGCUACCUCAGGAUGCCGGUUUUCGAACAAACUUCUUUCCGGCCGCAUGCAGAAACCAUACUGUAAAAAAUGACUACUUAAGUAACAAAAGUCUUCUUAUUGAUUUAUGACGCCCUCAAAAAGUCAAAUAUAUUUUAUGGAAAAUAUGCAUAAAUAUUCAUUAUUUUACUCAUUUGGUAGAAAAUUACGUCUUCUUCCAAUUUUGUACUCGAAGAAAGAGUAUAAUUCAGUUUUCAAAACUGUUCCAAUUCCCGAAUAAUUUUCAACACAACCGGCCGUUACACAUGCAUUAAGGGUUCCCAAACUACUAGCCGUAUAUUUUCCGCGAGUGUGGUUUCUGCAUGCGGCUGGAAGGAAGUUUGUUCGGAAGCCGGCCUCCCGAGGUAACUUAAUUAUUAUAGGAUCAUGCUGUAUGAUGAUUAAUUUUGCAACCCUACUUAAUUGGUAUUUUCGAGGCGAAAGCGCAUUUCAGAAUUUCGGUUGACAUUUUAUGGGUUAGCGCCCAUGAACAGCCCAUCGCGUCUAGUAUUUUCCAACUUGUAUAUGUCAGUAUAACGAUCCGAAGAAAGGGACCCCCGGGAGCUCCGGAGUUGGAGCAUCAAUUUUUAACCCCCUACUGCGAUUCUGGGCAAUUUUCUUAGUUAACUGCAAACUUACUGUUCCUCGUAACCGUGUGUUUUUUGUUUAUGAGUGUAGACAAAGGAUACUUCCAAUGCUGGCAACCUUGCCAUCGAGGGAGACCUCCUGGGCCUUGGUAUCCCCGCCCCGACGACACCUGCGGUGUCAUCGUCAAGUGUUGCGGCCGCAGGUAGCGGCGCUCCCGCCCCAGUCAACGCAUCGGAUUCCAAUUUACUCAUUGACAUCCUCGGCAACGGCAUUAUGGAGACAUCCUCCGCCGUUGCCACUGCCCCUAUUAAUCCCUCAACGACUACCCUUGAUUCAAACACUAUCAUGUAA